AUGUUACAAAAUGCAAUUACUUCACUUGACAUAUUUGGUCACGAAAUAGGAUUCACCUACAAAAAUAAAAGGACUUAUUAGUCUUUAAUUGGAGGUUUAACUUCGAUCAUGUUUAAGGUAGUAAUAAUGACUUUCCUAGUACUGGAACUUAUCGAUGUAUUUCAAAGAAAAAUAUCCAUCUCUUAUUCAAAUUCAAUUAGAAAUAAUGCCAUAGAUGUAACUGAGUACAAUUUUGACUCUACAAAAUUUGAUAUAGCUUUUACUAUACAUGAGUAAAACCAAACCAUUAAUGAUAAUAUUUAAAGCUAUGUAAAUGUUAAGUUUUCUCAAAUGUAGUUUCAAUGGAGUGACAACUCGUCAUUUUAAGAGAGAUCUUUUACUUAUAACUAUAGCAGAUGUGAGUCUGGGAGAUUCAACGGAGAAAAACAGCAAACUGAUAAUUUUGAAUUGGAAAAAUAUUAUUGGUGUCCUGAUUAAUUUAAUUUCACACUUAAAGGUAGUUUUUCAUCUAAAAGCAAUUCUUACAUAGCCUUGACAUUUGAUAAAUGCAGCUAAACUUAUCUUGAUGAAUUUUAUCCAGGUAAAAAAUGUUAAUCUAAAGAUGAAUUAGAUUGA